AUGGCCAGCAUGGCGGGGGGCGGGUCCAAGCUCGGCGACCGCGGGCGCCUGCAGUCCGUGGAGAUCAAUUCGGAGGACCUGGACGAGGUGGAGUCGCUCUAUGACGCGGCGGAGCCCUGCUACGCGGUGGUCUACCGCACGAGGCAGUCCGAGGGCACGCCGCACUCGUCGGGCGGCGAGGGCGGCGUGCGCGUGGUGAGCUGCAUCAAGGCCGAGAUCGAGGAGCGCUUCUCGCGGCGCAUCUUCGGCCGUCUGGAGGACUUCGUGACGGCAGUGACGUACCUGGUGGACGAGGACGAGCGCGAGCGCAGCCACGCACUGGAGCUGCCCUCCUGCCUGGUCUUCGACUGCGCGCCCAACGCGGCCACCGCGCGCGCCGUGCUCCAGGACAACCGGACCCUCAUCCGCCACUUCGCCCCCGUGCUCGACGUGGACCCCAGCAUGAGCCUGCUCUACGAGCGCCAGCUGUUCAAGAUUCGCUGCGGGCCGCGCAGCGCGGGCCACGCGGAGAGGCGCGAAGCGCGGGGCCGGCCGUCCCGCGGGGCAUUCGACCUGACCUCUUCGGCCGACGAGCUCGGGGGGCCCGACCGGGGGCCUGGGCGCGGCGCCGCGCGGCGCCACAGGCGCGAGGCGGACCCCGACGGGAUGCCCGGCGGCCAUGAUGGCAGCCACGAGGGGUGGGCGGCGCGGGCCGGGUCGCCGUACGAUGGGGACGGCGGGCGCGGGGAGGCGGAGUCCAACCCACCGGUGGCAAUGCAGCGCACGCGCUCGCUGGGGGACCGCUCCAGGGAGGGCGAGGACGGCGGCAAGGGGGAGGGCGCGUUCGUGUACUCGACGAUGCCCGUGGACCCGUUUCCUUGGCAGGGUGUCAUGGACCAUGAGGACCGGAAGCACGGACGGUCCCCACGAUAUGGUGCACCCCAGGACGAUGAUCACCAUCAGCAGCACCUGCAGGAACCUGCUUCUGGCAAGCAUGGCAGCCAUCACAGAGAGGCCAAGACUGGCUUGGUCGAAAGCCGAAACCCAGCACAUGAGAGAAGGAGGAUGCAGGAUUCUGACGACUUCGAUGGCCUUAGCUACCAUGGAAAGCCCAGGUAUGGCGGCAUCAGCGACCAGGCCGCCAGGCACGGCUGGCAAGAUGGCCACAGGAAGGGUGACGGCAGGCAGCACCAGGAUGAGUAUCAGGAGGCUAAGAGUCCGCAGUAUGCUGGACAGCAGGGUGGCUACACAUAUGGCUCGGCAGGCGAGCAGCACAGACAACACGAGCGUGCACCACCAAAGGGGUAUCCUCUCAGUGGCAGGGAUGGUGGCUACCGGGAGGACGUCAAGCAGUAUGGACAGGCAGUUGAGCCACGGCCAUCUAGCCCAUCUAUGUAUAAGAGAGAUGGACGCAAGACAGGCAGCCAGCAUUCCCCAGACAGCAUUCCACCUCUGAAAUCGAUACAAAGCCUCAAUCCUGGAAGAGGCCAGGACUGGCAUGGUGGCCAGGACCAUCAGGGUUCUCAAGGCCAUGACUUGGACAGUGCUGUGGUUGCGCCUGAGCCGGAGAAGGCCAGCAAGAGCAAGUUCACGAUGGAGGUGGACCCUCGUGAGACGGUGGGCAGCCUGAAGCAGAAGAUCUACAAGGCCAGGGGGUAUCACCCCAACGUCCAGCGUCUGGUGUUCGAUGGGACGAUCCUGUCUGACAAGAUGAGGCUGGCAGACUGCAACGUCACAGAGGACUCCACGUUGGUGCUGUGGCUUCUGUUGGGGAAAGGGCGUGCGGUGCGUGUGAUGUGA